UCACACAGCGGUGACAUGAACUCUCGGUGUGCACCCUUGCCUGAACUUGCAGGAGUCCCUCUGAAGCCGAGGAAAGAGCUGGUGUUUUUGGAGCAGCAGUCGGGUCAGCUGGAAAUCCGCUGGUCGUCCAAGUUUAACAUAUCCGUGGAGCCCGUCCUUUAUGUGGUGCAGCGCCGCUGGAACUAUGGCAUCCAUCCCAGCGAGGACGAUGCCACGGAGUGGCAGACAGUGGCACAGACCGCAGAGGAGCGAGUCCAACUGGCCGACAUCAGAGCCAGCAGAUGGUACCAGUUCAGAGUUGCUGCAGUCAAUGUCCACGGGACCCGCGGCUUCACUGCACCCAGCAAACACUUCCGCUCCUCCAGAGAUCCAGCUGCCCCUCCCAGUCCAUCCAGCCUGCGUAUCACCAACGUGACAGUGGGUGAUGACGGCCUUGUGACAGCUCGCCUCAACUGGACCCUGCCAGAGGAGCCCGAUAUCCCCGUACAUCACUACAAAGUGUUCUGGAGCUGGACGGUCCACACCAAGUCCAUGGUGCCGUCCAAGAAGAAAAGGAGAAAGACCUCCAAUGGGGCUCAGAGCUGGGUGGAUCUGGAUGGACUUCAACAAAACAGCAGUUACACUGUGGAGCUGCAGGCUGUCACAUACUGGGGACAGGUGCGACUGAAGAGCUCCAAAGCUUCUCUCCACUUCAGUACCUCCCAGAAUAACGAAUCAGUGAAAUCGGUGCUCAAGUCGAAGAAGGAGGAGAUAUCGCCUCUCAGUUCCACCCUGACCAAACGCCCUUCUGGCCCCCUAGAGGUUGGCACACCCUUCUACCAAGAUGGCCAGCUGCAGGUCCGUGUCUACUGGAAGAACCGGGGAGAUCCCACCGUGAGUCGCUACCAUGUCCAGUGGAUGCCGGAGUACUGCAGCCACAACGAGACCCGGGGGCCGGAGAAAUCUGUCACGCAGGAGAACUACAUCAACCUCCCGGGCCUGCUGUUCUCCUGCAAGUACAAAGUCACUGUUCACAUGCUGAAGUCCAAGAGACGUUCCAAGGAUGAGAGCACCACCUUCCUCACCCCGUCUUGUGCAACCAUCCGCAGCAAGACUCACAAACACAUCCCCUGCCCAGGGGAGGGAGCACCAGGGCCUCCGAAGGUUUUGGCUAAGCCCGAGAAUCUGACGGCUUCCUUCUCCAGCAAUGAGGGAAACAUCACAGGUAAUUUCCUGUGGCGCGUGUCCCGAGUGGCUCCCCAUCAGCGAAUCACGGGCUUCCAGGUCACCUGGGCUGAGAUCACCACAGAGAGCCGGCAAAACAGCCUGCCCAACAGCAUCAUCUCCCAAUCCCAGAUCCUGCCUCCCGAUCACAACUUGCUCGUUGUGUCCAACCUGCGGCCGUCCACCUACUACAGGCUGGAGGUGCAAGUCAUAACAACAGGAGGGGAAGGUCCCGCCACCGUCAAGACCUUCCAGACCCCCAACAUAUUACCAGUCAUUCAACACCGACCCAGACUUCGACAGCACCACUCUCAUCACCAGAAGCCGUCAGUGGAGAGACACUGAGUUGAGACGAGCGCAGUCAGGAGACAUAUCAGUGGCUCUCUGCUCUAGUCUGUCAGGAGAGGAACGUGUGGAACCGGGACAGAAACACAGCAAACCAGAACAUGAACUGACGCCCCCUGCUCGUGAAUUAUGGCUCCAUCCUCUCAAUCCGGGCUCAACACAACACAACAGAUUUCCCUCUCAAUCUCACUCUCUUGACUGACACAUGGUACCGGGCCGGGUUGGUCUGUAUAAUGAAAUCACAGGCAACAUAGCAUAGAGGUGUAAGUGUACGAUUUUGGAAUCCUCUCAUUCGACAUAUUAACCAUUUCAGUUGGAUUUGAUCGGACGUUUAUCGAUAGGAAGUUGCGUACAUGGUUUAAACCAGUGUUUCCCAAAUUUUGUUUUUUUUAAGAUAACAAACGGUUGGAACCCAAUUCACAAUAUAAAUUUAACAAUACAUUUUUAUUUUUUUUAUUUUUUAAUUGCAGCAUGUAACCUUAUUUAGAAAAGGCGAGUCAGCCAUGUCUGGGAGAUAUUAGUUUGAUAAAUGAAUCACAAUUUCAUUUUUUCUGGAAAACAUUAACACCAAUAUUAAGUUAAAGGUUGGAAAAAAAAAAAUUAGCAAAUUUAUUUUUUGGCGACCCCCAUUCGAUGACUCAUCGAGUUCCCGACUAAGUCUGUGGGAAUUACUGGUUUAAACAAACAACAACUUUGGCAGCCGGUCAGACGUGGAUUGAAGGCGAUGCCAGAUAUGUAAAAACAACUGUUUAUUCAUGGCAGCAGAAAAAGAAGUAGAAAUUCAUCUAUUUAUUUUGUCUUACCCUUUAAAGAGGUGCGGAGACACAAAGUCAGUACUGAUGGAAAAUGUAACUUAAGUCGUCGUUGUCUAACCCCAGAAUAUUUCAUGUAGUAUGUUGCAUGUAGUACAUUUGAUUUUCUUUUUUUUUUAUUAUUAAAAACUGUAAAUGAAUUACUUGCUUCAAAUUGAAAGCUUGUAAUGGUUUUGCAUGACAACCAUUAGCAUUCUGUCGGCAUGAGAUGAUGUCUGUGUUACCUCUUUUCAAUAUGUUAGCAAUAUUUCAUUAACAGAUUAACAAAGAUUAUUAUAUUGGGAGUAAUAUGUAAUGUUUAUUAAUGAAAUUAUAACUUGUGUGGCAACGAUGAAUUGUACAUGUUCUUGGCUGUAGAAAUAUUUGUCGUGGAGCAGUCAGUGAAUGUCUAUAUUUAUUUAUGUGUGUGCAUUUCAAAGGUUUGGUUUGGAUGUGUGUGAAUGUGUAUGUUCUGUGCGUUUUAGUCUCAAUUUGUUUGUUUGUUUUUUUGGAAUCGGCAAAAAUCUUGUAAAGACAUUUUGUAAAAAUUGAAUUGUAAAUACAGUCUUAUGUUACAUGUUAUUUUUCCAUGGUAGAAACUGUACAAACUGCUAAGUAAUAAAAUAAUCCUUAACCA